CCGACGGCUGUGGCGGCGGCCGACCCUUGAGGUCCCUCAGUCGCGCUCCGGUGCUCCCGUCGCCCCGAGUCGGGCGGCCACGAGGCCCCGCCGCGUCCUCCCGCGCUCGCCGGCCCGGCGGCUGCAGCCAUGUCGCGGGGGCCCGAGGAGGUGAGCCGGCUCACAGAGAGCACCUACCGGAAUGUUAUGGAACAGUUCAAUCCUGGGCUACGAAAUUUAAUAAACCUAGGAAAAAAUUAUGAGAAAGCUGUUAAUGCUAUGAUCCUGGCAGGAAAAGCCUACUAUGAUGGAGUGGCCAAAAUCGGUGAGAUUGCUACCGGGUCCCCCGUGUCGACAGAACUGGGCCAUGUUCUCAUAGACAUUUCGAAUACUCACAAGAAACUCAAUGACAGUCUCGAUGAAAAUUUCAAAAAAUUCCAUAAAGAGAUUAUACAUGAGCUGGAGAAGAAGAUAGAACUUGACGUAAAAUAUAUGAAUGCAACUCUGAAAAGAUACCAAACAGAACACCGGAAUAAAUUAGAUUCUUUGGAGAAAUCUCAGGCUGAAUUGAAGAAGAUUAGAAGGAAAAGUCAAGGAGGACGAAAUGCACUAAAAUAUGAACACAAAGAAAUUGAGUAUGUAGAGACCGUUACUUCUCGCCAGAGUGAAAUCCAGAAAUUUAUUGCAGAUGGUUGCAAAGAAGCUCUACUUGAAGAGAAAAGGCGCUUCUGCUUUCUGGUUGACAAACACUGUAGCUUUGCAAAUCACAUACAUUAUCAUCACUUACAGUCUGCAGAAUUACUAAAUUCCAAACUGCCUAGGUGGCAGGAAACCUGCAGUGAUGCCACCAAAGUACCAGAGAAAAUCAUGAAUAUGAUAGAAGAAAUAAAGACCUCAAUCUCUACCCCAAUAUCUGGAACACCACAGCCCUCACCCAUGAUCGAGAGAAGAAACAUGGUUGGGAAAGAUUAUGACACCCUUUCUAAAUAUUCACUAAAGAUGCCCCCAGCUCCUUCAGCCAAAGCAUAUACCAGUCCUUUGAUUGAUAUGUUUAAUAACCCAACGACAGUUGCACAGAAUUCAGAAAAGAUGAAUAAUUCAACAGCCAUUAUGGCUACACUUACUUUAACAGAUACUUCAGAAGAUCCCAGUUUGCAGAGAUCAGUUUCGGUUGCAACUGGACUGAACAUGAUGAAAAAGCAGAAAGUGAAGACUAUUUUCCCACAUACUGCUGGCACCAACAAGACCUUACUUAGCUUUGCACAGGGAGACGUCAUCACACUGCUCAUCCCUGAGGAGAAGGACGGCUGGCUUUAUGGAGAGCAUGACACUUCCAAAACGAGGGGUUGGUUUCCAUCAUCGUAUACAAAGUUGCUGGAAGAAAAUGCAAACGAAACAGUGACUACGCCCAUGCCAAGCCCCACACCAAUGAGAAGCAUCAGCACUGUGAACUUAUCUGAGAAGAGUAGUGUCGUCAUCCCCCCGCCCGAUUACUUGGAAUGUCUGUCCGUGGGAGCAGCUGCAGAAAAGAGAGUAGAAGUUGCCAAAAAUACUUCUACCUUUAAAGCACCAGUGUCCAAACCAGAAACCUCGUCUCUGAGUGAUGCAAAUGGGACUGCAAAGCCACCUUUCCUCAGUGGAGAAAACCCCUUUGCUACUGUGAAACUCCGACCAACAGUGACAAAUGACCGAUCAGCACCCAUCAUCCGAUGAGAAGAUGGCCAAGGAUUCUUCUGAUUCCUCUGUUAAGUUCUCACUUGCAAAAAGAUAGGUGUAUAUUGUUUGGUGUGUGCUGUGACUGUUGUAAAGCUUCACGAGGGCCUGGUUGUCAAUGUAUUCUAUUUGAGCAAAUCAAUGCAUUUUCCUAAUUUAAUAUAGUUGGGUUUACACAUUUGUCUUUAAGAUAAAUGAAUAAUAGUUUAGUGACCAACCCAAUCAUUUAAAAUAUUUUCUUCCUAUUCUGUUCAAAGCACAGUAAAUUUG